UUCGCAUCAAUGUCAUCGUCUCCAUAGCUAUCACUCCUUGUGCCAUUUCCCCACUCUUACCUUCCUCGAAACAGCUCCUCAAAUGGCCCGCACGAAGCAGACCGCCCGGAAAUCCACUGGCGGCAAGGCCCCGAGGAAGCAGCUGGCCACGAAGGCGGCCCGGAAGUCAGCUCCGGCAACCGGCGGUGUGAAGAAGCCCCACCGCUUCAGGCCUGGGACUGUCGCCCUCCGUGAGAUCAGGAAGUACCAGAAGAGCACCGAGCUCCUCAUCCGGAAGCUCCCCUUCCAGAGGCUUGUCAGGGAGAUCGCCCAAGACUUCAAGACUGACCUCAGGUUCCAGAGCAGCGCUGUUGCCGCCCUCCAGGAGGCUGCUGAGGCAUACCUUGUCGGUCUGUUUGAGGACACGAACCUGUGUGCCAUUCACGCGAAGAGGGUCACGAUCAUGCCGAAGGACAUCCAGCUGGCCAGGAGGAUUAGGGGAGAGAGGGCUUAGGUUCAGUUCUCUUGGUUUUGAUGUAAUUUUAGAAAUGAAGUUGUAGAGCUGUGGAAUUUGAAUCAAUGGAUUGUGUCCUUGCCAAUGUGCUCUAGAUUGAUAAGUCCUCUUCUACUGAUUGAAUCUUUGAUGAAAGAUCACGAUUUACGAUAACUACACUUUCAUAUCAUGAGCUGCUAUGAAAAUCUUGAUUUUGCUCCGGA